GCAGCUCUCCGGCGCGAGCUUUAGUGUGCUUCAACGAGAACAUUGACGAAUAAUCUCUCUGGUCAUUUUUCUUUUUCUAUCUUUCCACCCCUCAGUUGAACGAACUCCAACCAGUUUGGGUCACUCAUAGCAGUCUCGUAUGAUAGCGGCGAUGAAGGAGCAGGCGCUGUUGUUGUUUUUGCUGCAACUUUUCACGGCUCGACUUUUGGCCGGAGUGGACGGUGAUCUCUGUAAGGUGAACGUUUGCGCCAACGGCGGAACAUGCGUGACCAGCGGAGGGGCUCCGUUCAUCUGCAUUUGCGCCGACGGCUUCACCGGAGAAACGUGCAACGAUACGGAGACCGGUCCCUGUCACCCCAACCCGUGCAAGAACGACGGCGUCUGCGCCGCGACGGGCCACACCCGCCGCGGCGACGUCUUCAGCGAGUAUGUCUGCAAGUGUCAGCCGGGAUUUGAGGGCGUCCACUGCCAGAACAGUGUCUAUGGGGCAGAUUUAAGCUCAAGAACAGACGUGAACGAUUGCGCGGGACACCCGUGCCAGAACGGAGGCAGCUGCAGGGACCUCGACGGGGAUUUCAAAUGCCACUGCGUCUCCCCUUACGUGGGCAAACACUGCCACCUGCGCUGCAUUUCCCUGCUGGGCAUGGAGGGCGGAGGCGUGGCCGAGUCCCAGAUCUCGGCCUCGUCGGUCCGCUACACCUUCCUGGGGCUGCAGCGUUGGGGCCCCGAGCUGGCGCGCCUCAACAACAAAGGCCUGGUGAACGCGUGGAGCCCCGCCCCCCACGACAGGAACCCGUGGCUGGAGGUGAAUCUGCAGAGGAAGAUGCGCCUCACCGGCAUCGUGACGCAGGGCGCAAGUCGCGUGGGGACCGCCGAGUACGUCAAGGCCUUCAAAGUGGCCUCCAGCCUGGACGGCAAGACCUACACGGUGUACAAGACCGAAAACCAGAGGAAGGACCAAAUAUUUCCCGCAAACGUCGACAACGACAGCACAAAGACAAACGUGUUCGAUCCUCCAAUCAUCGCUCAGCACAUCCGCAUCAUCCCGGUGGUGUGCCGCAAGGCCUGCACCCUGCGCCUGGAGCUGGUGGGCUGCGAGCUCAACGUGUACUCAAACGCUUCAGGUUGCUCAGAGCCCAUGGGCAUGAAGUCCCGGCUCGUCUCGGACCGGCAGAUCACGGCCUCCAGCGCUUUCAGCACGUGGGGCAUCGAGGCCUUCACCUGGCACCCCCACUACGCCCGUUUGGACAAACAGGGCAAGACCAACGCCUGGACCGCCGCCACCAACAGUCGAUCAGAGUGGCUGCAGGUGGACCUGGAAUCUCCCAAAAAGCUCACGGGAAUCAUCACGCAGGGAGCCAAAGACUUCGGCGCCGUCCAGUUCGUCUCAGCCUUCAAAGUGGCUCACAGUGACGACGGGCGGUCCUGGAGCACAGUGCAGGACGUGACCGCAAAGAAUGACAGGAUCUUCCCCGGCAACAGCGACAACAACGUCCACAAAAAGAACCUGUUCGAGCCGCCGCUCUUCGCCCGCUUCGUGCGCAUCCUGCCGUGGGAGUGGCACGAGCGCAUCACCCUGCGUAUGGAGCUCCUGGGCUGCGACGAGUAGCGGCGACCCCGCCGACCGCCGUCCCCCGCCCCUUU